GUUCUGCCCAGUUGCUGUUUAGUCCAACUGUGUUUGUUGAAGGAAAUAUCUGUAAUAAAAGUAUCCUCUUACCUUGCAUUGUGACUAAUCUACAAGCGAACAAUAAGCAGGUCAUGUAUGUUAAGUGGAAAAAACAAGGAAAAUUAUUUUUUUCUUUUGAUGGAACACAGCAGACUGUCAAGGAUCCCAUGUUUUCAUCAGCUAAGUUAGUAUCUGAAUUGGAUUUACCCAAGGGUGUUGCCUCUGUAUUACUUGACAAGGAAGAAGCAGUUGCUGGAAAUUACAGUUGUGAAGUGACAGAAUCAAACAGAGAAGGAGAAAUUACAGUUGAGCUUAGGAGCGGUACAGGAUCGUGGUUUCUUCCAGUGGAAAGUACUUGCAUCAUAGUGUUGCUAUUCUUAGCUAUUGUUUUUUGUUGGGCUCAGUUAAGUGUUAUUGCAUCAAAAGCUGAAACUGUACCUCAGAAGAAAAUCGGCAUUAUUAUAGCAUGUAUCAUCCUCACAGUUGUUGCUGUUGCAGGUGUUAUUCUUUUUGUAGCAGAUGGCUAUACUUCAAGAAGUCGUGCUGGACUUGGUUUAAUUGUAGUCCCUACUGUGAUUUUAAUGCCACUUCAAUAUCUUCUAUUUGGAAUGGCUUUGAAUAGUCUGUCAAAAACAGCAUAUGCUCUGAUAGGUUUGGAAUCUCUCGGCUAUAUAACUGCUGUGACUGGUUUUGCACUGUGUGUCUCAGCCUGUCCUGUGUUACAUGGGUCUGUUGUGAUCGCUGGCUUAGCUAUUAUGGCUAUUGGAGCUUUGCUUAGUCUGGUUUAUGUGUGUAUUGUGGGUUCCAGCAUAAGAGAUCAUCAUACUCCAAGGAAACCUGUAGAAGAACCAUUAAAUGAUGCGAAAGGAGUGAUGUUAGAACGAUGCGUAACUAAAGAGAAGAACUGAAUCUGCUGUAGAGAUGGGUGAUGUGUGGAAAGAAAUUCACCGUUGUUUAUACACCGUGGCCUUGAAGAUGCACUACUCAAAGAGAAGAAAUUCAGGAAACUAGCUGUUUUGCAUGUGUGGCAAAAGUGCUUUUGAUAUAAAUGAUGUAAUUUUGUAGUCACAACAGCUGUAGCGAGGAACAUGUGUGUCUACUCACAUGUAAUCUUUAUUUUCUUUUAUUAUGGUAUAUAUGAUGUGGUUGAGGGUGAGAAUAUAGAAAGCACUGUUUACCCACCACAGGGUCUUCCUGUAGUAUCCUCAGUGGUAUUCUUUUCAAAACCGUCAUCAGUCACCGCUUUGAUAAUGCGCCUGCUCAGCCCAAAGAUUGCAAUACCAUUUAGAUUGUUUUCUUUAUUUGUGUGCAUGGGCAAGGUGCGGUCAUAUGUCUGUGAUAAGAGCAGGAAGUAGGGUUUGUACAAAUAUUUCUUUUCCGAUAUUCAGAACAUACAGGGGAAAAAAAUUGCUUAUACGUGAAUUAAGUAAAUACGGAGUUUACUCCCAGGUCGUCUUAGGUGUUUACCUGAGUUAUCCUAAUUCCACAAAAUUCCUCUCUUUAGACAGUGGUCAUGUAUGCUCUAGCGGCCAGUACUGUAGUCCAGUGAGAGAGCUCUCGGUGCCUCUUUUUGUAUUCUUUGAUGAAUUCCUGCUCAGUUGUUAGAGCCAAAUUCUGCACUGGAGUUACAGAGCAUAUAGCACGUAGUAAUUUUCAUGCUGAGUUAUGAUUCUUAUGUUUGUUCGUAUUGUAAAGUGUGUGGUACUGGAACCAAAUUCAGGCUUUCUUGACUGAGUGGAUUUGUAAAAUACACUGAUGCUUCAGAAAAGAAUUAUCCUGUUUAGCUUAAUUUUUAACAGAGUUUUUAAAUCUGUUCUCUUGAAUGGAAAUAGGGGCUAAAUUAUUUCUGACCCACAUUUGUGAUGCUAUCAUUAUGUCACAAAUGAAGAAAAUAAAGAAUAAGCAGGAGCAGCUGGUGAAAAGUAGGGAGGCUCGGUUUUCUUAAACAUGUAGGUAGUAUAGAUGAAAAUCCAUGUAGGAUCGAUUCUAGAGGAUUUACUCAUUCCAGGAAGCUUUACCAUGUUUUACAACCUUUUUAGAGUUGUUUUCCCGAAGUAUAGUUGGUUUCUCUUGGGCUUUAUUUAUACCUUUUAUACACAUUGUAUCCAUUGGUACUAGGAUAAGAUUUUCAAAGGCACAAAUGUUUUUCUCCUUCUAACAGUUUAAAACUUUGUUUCGAAAGCUGUUGCCCAGCAGUAGUAUAAUGCAUGUUUUUAAAGAGCAUGCAUGUUUUUCUGAGCAGUGGAGCAAGUCUCAGAGUUGGGCUAUACAAACUUAAGAUUCAUAUUCACGCUGUGGGAGCAUGUUGUGGAGGUCCCCAUGCAGGCUGUAGUCUUGAUGCAGACACCGUGCAUCAGUAAUUCAACAAAAUUCAAUUGAGGCAUCUGAUUUUAUAGUAUUUACUCCCACUAGGGCUGCAGGACUGAACCACUAAAGCAACCUACAGUCCAGCCCUUACUAAAAUGAGUCAAAUUAUCCACUGCGAAGAGGGUUAUAUGCAUGAUUUAAACAUUUAAGAAGGGAAUAUGGUUUACAUUGACUCCUCAGAGUUGGUCAGUGAGAGAUUUCGUGUAAGUUUUGAGAUCCUAUAUACAAAUCUUUUGGUAUAGAUUGUUCCAUAAUUAUUGCAGUCCACCUGAAGAUGGGAGACUUUACUCUCCAUUAAUAGAUUACAGCAUGAGAAUUUACCUUAUAAGAAGCGUGCGGAGCUCCUCAUUUGUAAUUACUGAUUGCCCUGGUAAGUUGAAAGUCGAGCAGCUGCGGCACGGAAAAACCCUGGAAUUCUGUUGAGAUAUUCUGCCUUAUAAAACCAUGAUGUUUAAUAGCUUUAUAUUAACUACUGUAAAGCAAAUUGCAGUAGAAUCUGUUUUGUAUCACUGUGGUGAUGGGGUCAAGCCGUUACUAGGACAUUGUUGAAAAAUUUAGUACUCAGUGUCCCUGUACAGACUGAAGAAGAAAUUAUUCCAGAAAUUGGAGAAACCCCCCCAUGCUGUUGUGUUAAGGAAUUUCUUGUAUGUACAAAUUUUAAAAUGUGAGUUUAAAAGUCAUAUAUUUACCCAGCCCUUUCCCACUAGUAAUUUAAAACCAAAGUUGUUCAUAACUGUAUGAUUCCAUUUUUGUAUGUAUGUGUACGUAUGUGUAUGUAUGUGUGUAUAUGUAUGUGUAUAUAUAAAAAAAUUCUCAUUC